CACCAGCUCAGUCUGGCUCUAAAACUCGAACAGCCACAUCGCGUUAAACCGUAACCGUUGAAAACCCAAUAUAUAUACCCCCAUAUAUAUAUAUCGAAACCUAUAUAUAGUUAGUUCUGUGUGCGCUCAAGAUUAAAAUUACAAAAUGUGGCGCUUGCUUUUGGCACUUUUAAUGAUGAGUGCGGUGUGCUGUGAGUCGGAGCUUUUUCGAGAUCACCUGAGAACUCCGGAAGCGGUGGCCACCAUUAACGGACUAAAAAAAGGAAUGCAGGUUCCGCAGCAGCAGCAGGAACCGCAGCACAUCCAGUCGAUUCCCCUGCCAACGGUUCCAACUCUACCGCCCCUGCAAUCGCCCGGCCUUGUAAAUGGCCUUGCCACAAAAAGCGACCCCAGUUCGCUUAAAAAGCCGCUUCCGGCUGCCUAUUCAUCCACCUACGUCGACCUGCCGAUCUCCGAUCAGAUUGCGAAAAGUGUGUUUAAUUUCGCAAAUUAUCUGGGACAGCACUUGGGCUAUAAGAAAACGGAGAUAUUCUCUCCUUUGAGCAUUGUCAACUCCCUGGCCCUACUACUGCUGGGCGCCAGGGGUCGCAGUUACCAAGAGCUAUCCGCAGUCUUCGGAAUAUCGGACACAUCCCGGCUGCAUGAGCAGUUCGGCAUAAUGCUGCAGGACCUACUUCAACCCACCAGAGAGGGAAUUUCCCCAGGACGACCCCUAACAAACUGGCGAGCCAGCAGCCCUAUGAGGUCGAAUCGACGGGCCCAGAGACCGGGAGCCCACGAGGUGCAUUUGGCAAACGGACUGUUCACACAGACCGGCUACUCACUCAACCCCGACUACAGGCGGGUUAUCGCAAUGGUCUACGGUUCGGAUCUGGAGGUUCAGGAUUUCGAGGGCAGUCCGGCAACAGCGCGCUACAACAUCAACUCCUGGGUGGCACGGAACACGAAGAACCGCAUCGAGAACAUCAUCUCCAGCGAUAUUCCGCAGAGCACCAGGAUGAUUCUGGCCAACGCGCUGUACUUUAAGGCCUUCUGGGAGACGGACUUUAUCGAAUCGGCCACCCGGCCAGAUAACUUCUAUCCGAACGGCGAGGGAACUGAGCCAGUGGUGAGGGUCCAGAUGAUGGCCACGGGAGGAUCGUAUCCCUACCACGAGGAUCACGAGCUUGGCUGCAAGAUCAUUGGGUUGCCCUACCGGGGAAACCUGAGCACCAUGUAUAUCAUCCAGCCCUUUAAGUCGUCGGUGGUCGAACUUAUGACACUACAGAAGCGUUUGACACCGGAGAAGGUGGAGGAUUUGAUCAGCAGGAUGUACAGACGGCAGGCACUGGUGGCGUUCCCGAAGAUGCAUCUCACCGAGUCGGUGAAUCUGAAGACAGUCAUGCAGAAAAUGGGUCUGGGCGGCAUCUUCAGCACCGUGCAGAAUGAUCUCUCCCUGAUCGCCACAAACGAGGUCUCCAGGACGAGUUCGCUGGGCGGAAAUAGCCUGCAGAACCUGGAGGCCCAGCGAAGAGCCGGAGCGGGAGGGGCUCAAUCCGAUUUGGUUGUGGACGACAUCGUCCACAAAGUCGACUUCACCGUUAACGAGCAGGGAACGGAGGCGGCGGCGUCUACAGUCACGUACCUCAAGAAGUCCGGACCAGAUGUCCUCUUCCGCGGAGACACUCCAUUCAUGGUGCUAGUGCGCCACGAUCCCACCAAACUGGUACUGUUCUACGGCCUUAUAAAUGAGCCACCAGCAGCCGUUUAAUCCCAGGGAUCUUAAAUUAUUAAGCGUUAGUUCCUAAGAUAGUUGACUUUUUAGUUAGGAAGCCAAGAAAUCAUUUUAAAUUAUACGAAAUAAUAAAUUAAACAAUAAUAUGUAUAGUAAAACUA